AUGGAGUGGACGACAUUGCAGCACCUUGAUCUGCGUCACGUUGGGCGUGGCGUCAGACCUCUGCAACCUCACGCUGCUACCUUCCAUCCUCAUCAGGCACUCGUUGCCGUCGCUAUCGGAACCUACAUUGUCGAAUUUGAUGCAUUAACAGGAAGCAAGAUUUCCGCUCUUGACAUUGGUGCACCAGUUGUGCGCAUGUCAUAUAGUCCCACAAGUGGGCACACUGUAAUUGCAAUCCUCCAGGAUUGUACAUUACGAUCUUGUGAUUUUGACUCAGAGCAAACAUGUGUAUUGCAUUCACCAGAGAAGAGGACUGAGCAAAUUUAUUCUGAUACAGAAGUUCAUCUGGCAUUGACCCCACUACAAACUAUUGUGUUUUUUGGAUUCCAUAAACGGAUGAGCGUGACAGUUGUUGGAACUGUUGAAGGCGGUAGAGCACCCACAAAAAUCAAAACAGACUUGAAGAAGCCUAUUGUGAAUCUUGCUUGUCAUCCUCGCCUCCCCGUUCUGUAUGUGGCUUAUGCAGAAGGUUUGAUUCGAGCGUAUAAUAUUCACACCUAUGCUGUUUUUUACACCCUACAACUUGACAAUACUAUUAAGCUUAAUGGAGCUGGUGCAUUUGCAUUUCACCCAACUCUAGAAUGGAUUUUUGUUGGCGAUCGACGUGGUACACUAUUGGCAUGGGAUGUAUCAACUGAGAGACCUAGCAUGAUUGGAAUUACACAAGUUGGCUCACAACCAAUAACAUCAGUUGCUUGGCUACCCACGUUGCGUUUACUUGUAACCCUAUCAAGGGAUGGAAAUGUGCAUGUUUGGAAAACACGGGUUAUAGUUAAUCCUAAUAGACCUCCUAUGCCGGCAAAUUUUUUUGCGCCUGCUGCAAUUGAAUCAAUUGAUAUCCCUCGCAUCCUUUCUCAACAGGGUGGAGAAGCAGCGUAUCCCUUGCCACGAAUUAAAGCUUUAGAAUUUCAUCCAAAAUCUAAUUUGGCAGCACUCGUGUUUGCAAACGUUACGGGUGGAGACACUUCAAAAAAUAAAACCAGAAACAAUAGAGAAAGGAGGAAGCAACUUUUUGCACUUCUACAAAAUGCACGAGGAUCAUCAGCAUCUGUUUUAAAAGAAAAAUUAUCAGCCUUGGGUUCAUCUGGAGUGUUAGCAGACCAUCAGCUUCAAGCUCAGUUACAAGAACAUCGUUUGAAAGGCCACAAUCAUCUUACAAUAUCAGACAUUGCCCGGAAGGCUUUUCUUUACAGCCAUUUUAUUGAGGGCCACACAAAAAGUGCUCCAAUAUCCCGCUUGCCCCUCAUCACUGUUCUAGAUACCAAGCAUCAUCUGAGAGACAUUCCAGUUUUACAGCCAUUUCAUUUGGAGCUAAAUUUCUUCAACAAAGAGAACCGAGUUCUACAUUAUCCCAUCAGGGCUUUCUAUGUGGAUGGACCAAAUCUUAUGGCCUAUAAUCUCUCAUCUGGAUCUGAGGGUAUCUACAAGAAGCUUUAUAAUUCGAUUCCUGGGAGUGUGGAGUAUCAAGUAAAAUUAUUGAUUUACAGUAAAAAGCAACACCUAUUUAUUGUAAUCUAUGAUUUUGUUGGUACUACAAAUGAAGUUGUACUCUACUGGGAAAAUACUGAUACAGUGACAUCAAACAGCAAAAGCACCACAGUGAAAGGUCAAGAUGCAGCAUUUAUUGGUCCCAAUGAAAAUCAGUUUGCUAUUCUUGAUGAUGACAAGACAGGGUUGGCAGUAUAUAUGCUACCAGGAGGGGCCUUACAAGAAGCUAAGGAUAAUGAGAAACAACUUUUUGAAGAAAAUCAACCUACAGAAGCUAGUGUUGGAUCAAUUCGUGGCCCAACACCAUUUAUGUUUGAAACUGAAGUUGAUCGUAUCUUUUCUACUCCUUUAGAUUCAACUUUGAUGUUUGCUUCUCAUGGGAAUCAAAUUGCAUUAGUAAAGCUCAUACAAGGGUACCGCCUUUCAACUUCAUGUUCCAACGGCCAUUAUUUAUCAACUAAGAGUGAGGGGAAAAAGUCAAUCAAGUUGAAAAGAAAUGAGAUUGUACUUCAGGUGCACUGGCAAGAGACUCUUAGGGGUCACGUUGCAGGAAUUUUAACAACACAGAGAGUUCUUAUUGUUUCAGCAGCACUUGAUAUACUUGCUGGCACUACAACAAAUUUUGACAAGGGGCUUCCUUCAUUUAGAUCACUCUUAUGGGUUGGGCCUGCUCUCCUUUUUUCUACUGCCACUGCAAUCAGUAUACUUGGCUGGGAUGGAAAAGUGAGGACUAUACUGUCAAUUAGUAUGACAUAUGCAGUCUUGGUUGGUGCUUUGAAUGAUCGAUUGUUGCUUGCUAGCACUACGGAAAUAAAUCCCAGACAGAAUAAGGGAUUUGAGGUCAAAAGCUGUCUUGUUGGUCUUCUCGAGCCUCUUCUUAUUGGAUUUGCCACAAUGCAGCAAAGUUUUGAGCAGAAGCUUGACCUGUCAGAAAUACUGUACCAAAUAACAUCAAGGUUUGACAGCUUGCGCAUAACACCGAGGUCUCUGGACAUCCUUGCUAGAGGUUCUCCUGUUUGUGGAGAUUUAGCUGUGUCAUUAUCUCAAUCAGGUCCACAGUUCACCCAGGUGAUGCGGGGUGUCUAUGCUGUGAAAGCUCUUCACUUUUCCAAUGCUUUAUCUGUUUUGAAAGAUGAAUUUCUCCGUUCAAGAGAUUAUCCACAAUGUCCUCCUACAUCUCAUUUAUUUCAUGGGUUCAGGCAGUUGGGUUAUGCCUGUAUCAGGUUUGGUCAGUUUGAUGGAGCAAAAGAAACUUUUGAAGUUAUUGCAGAUUAUGAAAGCAUGCUUGAUCUGUUUAUAUGCCACCUUAAUCCUAGUGCCAUGAGGCGUCUUGCUCAGAAGUUGGAAGAAGAAGCUCUUGGCUCAGAAUUGAGGCGACAUUGUGAAAGGAUUUUACGGGUUCGAUCUACUGGAUGGACACAAGGCAUAUUUGCCAACUUUGCUGCAGAAAGUAUGAUUCCUAAAGGACCUGAAUGGGGUGGAGGAAACUGGCAAAUCAAAACCCCUACUAAUGCAAAGGAUAUACCUAAGUGGGAGCUUGCUGCAGAGGUGACACCAUACAUGAAGACUGAUGAUGGUACUAUUCCAUCCAUUAUUGUCGAUCAUAUUGGUGUGUAUUUAGGCUCAAUUAAAGGACGAGGCAAUGUUGUUGAGGUAAAGGAAGAUAGUUUGGUUAAGGCCUUCAUCCCAGGAGGUAAUGAUAUCAAAGCAAAUGGUCUUGAACUAUCUUCAGCUAAAUCCAUAUAUAAUCAACAGGUUGAUAAUUCCCGAGGUGAUUCAUUAAUGCGUCUGGAAGGUCUUAACAAACAAUUUGCCUGGUCCUCUACUGAUGAACAGGCUAAAGCAGCAGAAGAAUUUAAGAAAUCCAUGUAUGGAGCUGCUGAUGAUGAUAGCAGUAGUGAUGAGGAAGGAGUAUCAAAAACUAAAAAGAUACAUGUUAGAAUACGAGACAAGCCAAUUGCCUCUUCUACUGUGGAUGUGAAUAAGAUUAAAGAAGCCGCUAGUAAAUUUAAACUAGCUGAAGGGUUAGCUCCAUCAAGGAGCAGAUCAUUUAACAGUGGGUCUCAAGAUCUUGGCCAGAUUUUGUCUCUGCCACCUGCUCCUACUGGAAUAGCUGGUCCUACUGUUUCAACUCCUGGUGACCUGUUUGGUACAGAUGCCUUGACUCAGCCAGAAUCAAUUUCACAGCCAACUGCUGGGGUUGUAAGUGGGGGAGUUAAAGCAGGACCUAUUCCAGAAGACUUCUUUCAGAAUACAAUUCCAUCUCUUCAGGUUGCUUCUUCACUGGCUCCUCCUGGGACAUAUCUCUCUAAAUUUAGUGCAGGGGUUCAAAGUGGCAAGGCAGCUCCUGACCAGAUUAGUGCUUCUGAUGAUGAUGUUGGUCUUCAAGGUAAUGUUCCUCCUCAAGCUGUUCAACAACCUGUGAUUCCCACUGAGUCCGUUGGACUUCCUGAUGGUGGUGUCCCUGCACAAUCCUUAGCCCAGGCUACAGUCAUGCCCCCAUCACAGCUGCUGGCACCAAUUUCUAGCCAACCUCUUGAUCUUAGUGUACUUGGAGUCCCAGAUUCUUCUGAUUCAGGAAAGCCUCCUCAAACCAGUUCUCUGCCAUCUUCUGUACGACCUGGACAGGUUCCCCAAGGGGAUGCUGCUUCUGUAUGUUUCAAGAUUGGACUUGCUCACCUCGAGCUAAAUCAUCUUUCAGAUUCAUUGUCUUGCUUUAAUGAAGCUUUUCUUGCAUUAGCUAAGGAACAGUCUCGUGGAAGCGAUAUAAAAGCUCAAGCAACAAUCUGUGCUCAAUACAAAAUAACAGUCACUCUUCUUCAGGAAAUUGGACGUUUGCAAAGAGUUCAUGGUUCAAGUGCAAUCAGUGCCAAAGAUGAGAUGGCUAGACUUUCACGCCAUCUGGGUUCAUUGCCUCUUCUCGCUAAGCACAGAAUAAAUUGCAUUCGUACUGCCAUAAAACGAAAUAUGGAGGUGCAAAAUUAUGCAUAUUCCAAACAAAUGCUAGAACUACUAUUAUCUAAAGCACCUCCAAGCAAGCAGGAGGAAUUUAAGAGCCUGAUCGACUUGUGUGUUCAGAGGGGUUUGACUAACAAAUCCAUUGAUCCAUUGGAAGAUCCUUCACAAUUCUGUGCUGCCACAUUAAGCAGGCUGUCAACCAUUGGAUACGAUGUCUGUGAUCUAUGUGGAGCCAAAUUUUCAGCUGUGACUGCACCUGGAUGCAUCAUCUGUGGAAUGGGAAGCAUCAAAAGGUCAGAUGCAGUCACAGGGCCAGUUCCUUCACCAUUUGGUUGA